CUAAUAGAGUUUUCCAUUUUUAGACAAUUUAAGCAAUUUCUAAUAGGGGAGUCGGUAUCUCUGGUGGUCGGAGUAUGUUCUCUCCGCCGAAAAAUGGCAAAGUCGCAGCUCUGUACUCACCUUCGCCGUCUUCGUCCGUCUCGAUUUUACUCCAGCGCUUCCCUUUCUUAUCCCAUGGCCUUUCGACUUCACGAAGCUCACACUCUCCCAAGCCCUCAUCAUCAAUCAUUCAGCAGGCCAACCCGUCGCUUUGAUCCUCAUUUAUGCUCCACUGCUGCUCUCACCGCAUUCUCCUCUCGGUCAUUGUGGACUCGUUCAGACGAUGAAUCAGAGUUCGAACAAAUUGGCCAUUUCGGCGUUGAAUCAAGCCGCCUUUCUAACGACGACACGGGAAUCCAUUCUGGGAUUCAAGACCUGGAACUUGGAGGAGUUGUCGAGGAAGUCAUUGGUGCGGCUGUGGUGGAGGAGUCGAUUUUACCCAUUCAACAACUGACUUCGAUACUGGAUGGGUUCCAUCAGUAUACCGGUAUGCCCUGGUGGGCAGUUAUUGCUUCAUCAACUUUAGCUCUCAGAUUUACGUUGCUGCCCUUACUCAUUGUUCAACUCAACAAGUUGAAAAGGAUUGGAGAAUUGUUUCCGAAGUUGCCACCUCCACUGCCACCACCUCUAUCGGGACGGAGUUACAUGGACCAAAUUUCUCUUUUCCGAAAGGAAAGAAAGGCAAUUGGAUGCCCCUCAUUUCUGUGGUUCGUUGCAUACUUUUCUAUUCAGGUCCCAUGCUUUCUAUUGUGGAUGGUUACUAUCCGCAAAAUGUCACUUGAUCACCAUCCAGGAUUUGACUGUGGUGGAGCUUUAUGGUUCCAAAAUCUGACAGAGUAUCCACAUGGAGUUUUCGGCCCCAUAUUUCCGUUUCUAAUUGCCAGCUUGCACUUUAUUAAUGUUCAGGUGUCUUUCAGAAAAUCAUCAUUGAAAAAAGCAACUGGCAUAUUUGGCAUUUUAGCAGAAUACUACAAACUCUAUUUGAAUCUACUGACUGUGCCACUGUUUUUUAUUAGUUACUGUAUUCCUCAGGGUAGUCUAGUCUAUUGGGUUACAAAUAGUUCGUUCACUGCAAUUCAGCAAUUAACCCUCCAGCAUCCUGCUGUCCGCAGUAAAUUGGGAUUGCCUUCCAAGGAAGUUCCUGUGGGCACUGCAACUCUCGGAGAAACCAAUAAUCCAGGAAAAAUACCAUUGGAUUUGCCCACCAAGUGGAAAAAAAUUUCUGUAGAGAAGCUGUCUCCUAAGGAAUUGCUUGCUCUUUCUGUCCAACUCCUAUCAAAAGGGCAAAAGGAAAGGGCUAUUCCUUUACUGCGACAGGCACUUAACAAGGAGCCUGAGUAUGUUCGAGCUUUGAUUGUCAUGGGACAAACUCUGUUACAAAAUGGGCAACCUGCAGAGGCUACUGCAUACUUAGAGCGUGCAAUUUCCAAGCUAUUUCUUUCCGGGCAUCCCACGGAAGUUGAGGGGGUAGAUCUUCUAAUUCUUGCUUCCCAAUGGGCAGGUGUUGCCAGUAUAAGGCAGGGAAAAAUGGUAGAAGGCAUUGCUCAUCUGGAAAGAAUUGCAAAUAUGAAAGAGCCAGAAGAACCAAAGAGCAAAGCUCAUUAUUAUGACGGAUUGGUUCUGCUUGCAAGUGCUCUAUACAAUGAAGGUCGUAAGGCUGAAGCUACAAAAUACUUACAGUCAGCUGCAGCUUAUAAUCCUGCCUACAAAGAAUACUUGGAUCAGUGUGAGGAGGACAAUGAUAAAUUAGUCGGCGAUCUUGUCAGCAGCAGGAGAGGAGAUUAUUGAUUCGCUUCCUUUCGAAACGAGGCUGACUUCUUGUCUUUGAUGUUAUUUAUAAAUAACCCAACAGAGCAAAUCCACAGUUUUCGCAGAUCUAUUCGGCUGGUUUUUGGUUCAUUUCAAGGAUAGUUUGGACAAGGAGUUUCAACAGAGCAAAUAUCUCAAAAAAUGGAUAAACACUGAAGCUGAUGACAUUAUAUCUCUCACAUUCAAUUGAUUAGGUAAAUUCCCUGUAGUUUACUUUUCGGUUCAAGUUAAAUAUUGAUUGGACUAGGGAUAUAGUUUGAAUGAAAUAAAGGUCAUUGAGCAUUGCGAAUGUCAUCAUUGAAAACAAUAUGUUUUAAUGUUAUAUUCUUAUUAAAGUUAUAUUUUUUUCCCCAAAAAAA